AUGUUACCAGACCCGGUGUUUGCCAAUAUUGCCUUAGUUACACCAGAGAAGGAGUUGCAACAACAGAUUGAGUCAUCCCUAGAUCAAGACGAGUCCCUGGAGGAAAUCCUCCAAUUCCUGCAGAACAAAUCCAAGGCGCCCCCUUCCAUCAAACGCGCAUUUAAGGAUUAUGAAAUGGAGGCUGGCCUACUCUUCUACCAAGGACGGAUUGUGGUCCCUGACGUUGGGACGUUAAGGACAGAUCUACUGCGCAUAUUUCAUGACAGCCCCUUGGCAGGACAUCCAGGAAGACAGCAUACUCUAGAGUUGGUAUCAAGGAGCUACUACUGGCCCGGUAUCUGUGCUGAUACAUACUGGCAUGUGGAUUCCUGCGAGAUAUGCCAACGGAUCAGGAAACCUAAAUACGUGUCUAUCCCCCCUCAGCCCCUUGAAGUCCCUGUUAGACCCUGGCAGCACGUGUCUUAUGACAUGAUAGUAGACCUACCAAAGGAAGGGAGCAACAACUCAAUCCUGGUAAUUGUUGACAGCUUCACAAAGUACGGGAUAUUUGUAAAAUGCUCCAAGAAACUCAAGGCACCCAAGUUAGCAGAACUAUUCCUGGAAAAUGUAUGGAAGCGCCAUGGCAUGCCGGAAAAGACUAUAUCCGACAGAGGAAGAGUCUUCAACAACAAGUUCUUAAGGGCCCUGUAUAAACGCCUUGGCAUUGACCCACACUUCUCCUCCGCCUAUCAUCCCCAGAGUGACGGACAAACGGAACGCGUCAAUCCCUCUAUUGAACACUUCCUCAGGGCUUACUCAGGGGUAAAUCAAAGGGACUGGACCAGAUGGCUUCCAAUGGCAGAGUUUGCGUACAACAAUGCCGUACAUAGCAGCACGGGCAAGACCCCUUUCAAGGCCUUGUAUGGAUGGGAACCCACCUUAACUCCAUUGAAUGUACCAACGGACGUGCCAGAAGCGGACGAUCUUGCCCAGACAAUGGAGGCUCAAUGGAAGGAAGUAGAAUUGGCACUCUGGCAAUCUAAACAACAAAUGAUGGCCAGAGAAAGUGGAAGCCCAACAGAGUUUGAGAUUGGAGAAGAAGCUUGGCUAGACGCCAAAAAUGUCAACCUCAAAACCUUGAGUCCCAAGCUAACGGAACAAUGCCUAGGGCCAUUCAAGGUUAUUGAGAAAAUCUCUGACCAGGCUUACUGCCUAGAACUUCCCCCAACAAUGCGGAUCCACAACGUGUUCUAUGUAGGACUCCUAUCUAAGGUCAAAAGGGAUAAGAAGCGCGCCUUUGAGAAUUGCCCUUCACCAGUCACUGUGGACAGAGAAGAAGAAUACAAGGUGGAAGGGAUCACUGAUGCCAAAGAGAGGAAUGGGAAAUGGUUUUUCCAAGUCAAAUGGAAGGGGUACGGAUCCAAGGAAAACACGUGGGAACCCCAAGAAAACUUAAAAAAUGCCGAAAAUUUUUUACAAAAAUACGAAAAAGACAUGAAAAAAAAGGCCCUUGGCGCUGCCAAGGCCCUUAGAGGGGGGCAGUGUUGUAGACACACUUGA